AGUUUACUCACCGCUGCGAGCCAACAGUACGAACAGUACGGGUGAAACUGUCUGUCCAUACGCUAGUCACAACAGCAGCAGUAGUAGCAGCUGAGUGAAUUCUUUUUUUCGCUUUAAUUCCGCAUAUUUCGCACAACAACAAACAAACCGAAAACAUAAUGUCGUCAACAGCCGUUCAGCCGCCCCCAUCUGCUCCACCACCGCCACCACCAUCAGCUGGUGCUUCCGCUGGAAAGGGCAUCCACUCAAAGGUGUACAAUGGCAUCAUUGGCGUUUGUGACAAAUUUGUGCCCGCUAAAAUGCGACCACUUUGGUUGCAUCCUGCAGGUCCAAAGACGAUAUUCUUCUGGGCGCCAAUCUUUAAAUGGGGUCUGGUUGUGGCCGGCCUCAGCGAUUUAGCACGUCCUGCGGACACGAUCUCAGUAUCAGCUUGUGGUGCAUUAGCUGCCACUGGAAUUAUCUGGUCCCGUUACUCGCUGGUUAUUAUACCCAAGAAUUACAGUUUGUUUGCCGUCAAUCUGUUUGUGGGCCUGACACAAUUGGUGCAACUUGGCCGCGCCUAUAACUACCAAUUGGAGAAGGAGAAGUUGCAGAAAGAAGAGGAGAAAAAGCCAGCUGUGACUGCAUAAAAUUCUAUGCAUAUUGCAUACUGAUGAUAAUUCAAUUUUGGACACGCACAUAACGCAACGCAUAUCAUCCACAUUGCGUUUUAUAUUGAUUGAGUUGUGUUUAAUUUAAGACAAGAAAUCACAGUUUUUUGGUGGUUAUUUGUUGCCUUAAGAAUAACGUGAUUCAUAUUCCUUAAGUUGUAAUUGUUGGAGGCUUCGAGUAUAUAUUUUAUUUACACGUAGCAUUAUUGGACUUUAGAUGAUUUUUGUCAACAAAUAAACAAACAAACAAAUACA